AUGGCUACAAACGAUGAUUACAAAGAAAGUCUACAAAUAUUAAUAAAAAAGCAACUUGAAGAGCAAGAAAAAAUCGAACAAGAAAUUCAACAACUUCGGGAUGGAAUCGAAAAAAUGAAACGUGAAGCUGAAGAAAUAGAACUAACCAAGGAGAGAAAAUAUCAAAAUCAAAUCGAAAAAAUGCAAAGUGAAGCUUGGGAUAUAAACCAAAUCCAAGUAGCAAUAGAUAAACAUAAAAUCAACAAAAGGAUACAUGAAUUUGACGUAUUAAUGAAAAUCGAACAAACAAAAGAAAAAAUCAGAAAAGCGAAACUAUGUAUCGGACAAGUAAAACAACAAAUCUUAGAAACAGAAAAACAAUUCAACGAAAUGAAACUUCAGGAAAUAAAUGAAAGUAUCGAAACAAAACGACGGAUGACAGAAGAGGAAGACAUUUCAUCAACUGCAAAACGUCGUCGUGUAUUUACAUCUUAUUAUAAUUUUUACGAUAUCGAUGUAAUCGAUAAUUUACAUACGUUCGAUAUUAAUAAAGCAUUUCAGUACAAUAAUUAUUUUAAUGAUAAUAUAUUAAAUUAUAUUGAACAUUAUUCAAAUGAAUUUUCAUCAUAUUCUAAAUUAAACGAAAAAGAAAUUCGUGAAGAAUUUGAUGAUUUAAUUUUUAACUUAUUAAAUACAUUGAAUAAUAAUACAUCACUGAAAUAUUUUAAUACAUCUUCUUCAUGUUAUUUAGGAGAUAAGUUUAAUCCUGAUUGUACAUUUAUAUAUAAAAAUAUAAAUAUCAAAAUUAAUAAAGAAGAUUCAUCUUUACAAGAUUUUGUUGUUUGUCUUGGUAAUUUAAAAUCUCCAAAUGUUUCUUUAUCAGAAGAUUCAAUAAUUGAAGAAAUAUUACAAUAUUUGAAAAUUAUAUUGACAGUUCAAUGUCGUGAAAGCAUAUUUGGUUUUCUUAGUAAUUAUACACAUAUCAAAUUUUUUCAUGUACGCAAGAACUCUUAUUCGAAUUCAUAUGAAUAUUUUCAAAGUCAAGAAUUAGAAAUGUUUAACUAUUUGUCUGAAACAUUAUCGUCUAUUGAUACAUCAGCAAUAACUGAAAAUAAAAGAAAAUUAGGUGUUAAUAAAGAUACAUGGGAAAUAUUUAUAACGUUUUUAACAAUGUAUUUUUGCUAUUAUCAUUAUGAAGGAUUAAAAAUAUAUCCUGAUGAUGAUUUACUUGGUGAUCGAUAUAUGAUAACAAAAAAAUUAGUAAAUGGUCACAACUCAAUGGUUUAUUUAUUAGAAAAAAUUGAAGAUAACCAUUCAACUGAAGAUUCUCCACAUUAUGUAAUGAAAAUAUUAAGAACACAUACAGAUUCAGAUAUUUAUUAA